AUGUUUGAACCGGACACAAUUCUUUUGACUGGAGCAACGGGCAGUCUGGGCGCUGUUGUCUUGGAAAGGCUUCUGCACACUGGCUACCGUGUCGAGGUUGUCCUACGCUCGUUGUCAAAGUCGAAGAGCUAUAUUGAAACUCGAUAUUCUUCCUUUCACGAACAGCUUGCUUUUAUAGAGAUUCCAGAUAUGACCAUUCCGGAUGUUUUCGAUGACGCCGCCUCCCGCGCAAAUGUCAUCGUGCAUGUCGCAACCCCCUUAGCCUAUAGCAAUUAUGAAGAAGACAUGAUCGCACCAGCUUGGCAGAUCGACCAUAAUUUGCUCACGGCGGCGGAAAAAUCAAAAACUGUCAGGCGCAUUGUCUUGACUGGAAGUCUCGUGUCCGUGAUAUCGCUGCCAAACCAGCUGCAGGACGACAGAGUAUUUAACACCGAAGACUUCAACCCAAUCUCGCUUUCUGAAUCUAUCGAGCGAAUGCAGAGUGCUUACUCUUUCUCAAAAACCAAUUCGGAACGAAACGCAUGGCAUUUUGUGAAACAAAACAAGCCGACAUUUGAUUUGGUGGUAUUGCUUGCGCCGUCUAUCACGGGCCGAUCUAUCCACGAGGGAUUUGUCCCAAACAAAAAUGCAUUAGGAGGAAUGGCUGCAAUCUAUAGAGAAGUGUUUGAUCGCAAAUCUCUGGGUUUUCUCUUUCCCUAUAUUAUGGAUGUUGAUGAUGUUGCAACCAUCCAUUUGCAGGCGAUAAGUACGUCAGUUCCCGGAAACCGACGAUAUAUCUUGCAUGCGCCAGAGCCCAUAACGGCUGUCAAAGUGGCCCGGAAAAUCCGUGAAGAAUACCCUCAGCUGAAAUCUCGAGUCCCAGAGGCCCCCGCUGGUGGAGACGGGCUCAUCCAACCGCUUGCGAAGUUCGACACUUCAGAGAUGAACUACCACUUCGGAUCCGAGUGGAAAGGAUGGUGGGAAAGCGCCAAAGCCACAAUAGAUGAUAUUUUAAAAUGCGAAAAGCCUGACACGCAACGGGAGGUGAAAGACCCAUGGAAAAGUGCCUCGGGGACCAACGGUCUCGCGCUCCCCAUUGACCGCCCGCGCGUCGCCCGACGCCCCCCGCCGGCUAGCGCCGCCGUCCGGACACGCCCCCAAUCACCGUCGCAUCCCGGCCGCGGCAUCUAUAGAAAAGAAAUCGACCUCUCAUAUCUCCGUCGUGUCCACCCCCAUCAUGUUGAUCGAUUCACACGACCGCCUCGCGGGGAGACACGAGCCCUCUCGUCGGCUUCGCGGCCGCCUCACCGGCCUCCCCCCUUCCCUUCCCUUAUCCUAUCACAUUCAUUCAUGCUUCGCCGCCCUCGCUCGCCGUGCGCGGAGGUCGAUUGGGAAGACAUCCUCUAG